UGACAUUGACAUAAGAAUCACAAAAGUCAAAACCCUAACCUCUUUUUAAAUUUUAAUACAAUUCUAUUAUUUUCCUUGAUCCUAAGCUCUCUAGGUGUAUUCUUUUGAUUUAGCAAUGCUUUUCAUUUGAUUGUUCAUAUUAACGUAACUCACUAAAAAUGAAUGUCUUAUUAAAAACAUUUGGGAUGCUAAAUAUCCGUGUAUCUGUUCAUAAUUUGCACACUACAGUACCCACUGCUGCAUGGACUAAAUCAGAUAUCCCCCAGAAUUUUAUUAGAUACAAUAAAAAAAUAUAUCCACCUCAAGAUCCCAAUGAGGAACCAAGGCCGGCUUUUGUUUGUCAUCAAAAGACAAACAUUAAAUACAGCCCAGAAAAGCUAUGGUACAUUGCUUCUUUUGUAAGGGGAAUGACAGUAGAUGAAGCUAUAAAGCAAUUGAGUUUUGUACAUAUGAAAGGUGCAGGUUUUGUGAAAGACGCAAUACUAGAGGCACAAGAACUUGCUGUUUCUAAACAUAAUGUGGAAUUUCGAAGUAAUUUGUGGAUUGCUGAAUCAUUCAGUGGAAAAGGUAAAGUUAUAAAGGGCAUAAGGAGACAUGCAAGAGGAAGACUAGGUGAAGUGCGUUACACAUAUAGUCAUUAUUUUGUUAGACUUGAAGAAGGAAAGCCUCCUGAAGAUUACUACAAGACAAAUCCAUUAACGCCCCAACAACAACUUGAUAAAUGGCUUGAACAGAUGAGGAUGAGGAAAAUAAUAAAUUCCUUUUAAAUUAUACUAGUGUACUUGUAGUUUAUUGAUAAGAAAUAAAUAAUAGUUAGUUA